GCCAGCAUCAACAAACCGCCCUUGUUUGAUGGAACUCCAAGCAAGCUCGAAGAUUUCAUUGUCCAUGUCAAAAUGAACAUAUUCAAUGAUUCAGCCCGCUACUCGACCGAAAUUAGCAAGAUCAUUUUCUUGUGUUCAUUCCUGACUGGUUUUGCUUUCUCCUGGGCUCGGCCAUACCUCGAG